UAUUUUUUUUGUUGUCAAAAUUUGACAUCUUGAAUCGCCAGUGGAGGUAAAAUUGGUGGAAGGUGCAGCUCCUUGUCUUCUCACCUAACCCCAAUUUGGCAUCUUCCGUUUCCAACAACCACGCCCAAUCAAACGAGGAAACCUUCUGUCUAUUUACAGGUGGCUUUUGGCUUUUCUUGGGCUUUAAAGUUUAAAGCUUUCUCUGUAUAUUGCAACUUUGCAGGUCUAUUUGGCCGGUCAUUCACUCUCUCUCUCUCUAUCUAUCUAUCUAUUAUGGAGGCUAAGCUAUUAGGAGCUUCUUGCCCGGCUUUUCUAGCUUCUAAAGAAUCAAGAUUUUCAAGGGCUAAUUAUAGUUUAGGUCUCCAAAAUGGCACAACUUUAAGAGUUAGCUGCCCAAACUUGACAAAGAGACGCAUUCUAUCAGUCCAAGCAUCUGCUGUAUCCAUGGGGCUGACAAAGAAGAAAAGGGUGGACAUCAGCGAGAAUUUGACCCUAGAUAACAUCAGAAGUUCCUUGAUUCUACAAGAGGAUAGUAUAAUAUUUAGCCUCUUAGAGAGAUCCCAAUACUGUUAUAAUGCCAGUACCUAUGACCCUGAAGCUUUUGCAUUGGAAGGGUUCCAUGGUUCUCUGAUUGAGUUCAUCCUUAAGGAAACUGAAAAGCUACACGCUCAGCUUGGCAGAUACAAGAGCCCUGAUGAACAUCCUUUUUUCCCGGAUGACUUACCUGAGCCAGUGUUGCCACCCAUGCAGUACCCACAGGUACUACAUCCCAUUGCUGAUUCAAUAAAUAUAAAUAAGACAGUAUGGGACAUGUAUUUUAGAGAACUUAUUCCUAGAUUGGUCAAAGAAGGAGAUGAUGGCAAUUGUGGAUCAACAGCUGUUUGUGACACAAUCUGUCUACAGGCUCUCUCAAAAAGAAUCCAUUAUGGAGAAUUUGUAGCAGAGGCUAAAUUUCGGGCUUCUCCAGAUGAUUAUGAGGCUGCCAUUAGAGCACAAGACAGCAAAAGACUGAUGGAAAUUCUGACAUACCCAGCAGUUGAAGAGGCGGUGAAAAAGAGAGUUGAGAUGAAAGCUAAAGCUUUUGGGCAGGAAGUGACGAUGGAAGGAGAAAUAGAUGGAACUGACCCAGUGUACAAAAUACGACCAACCCUGGUUGCUGAUUUAUAUGGUGAAUGGAUCAUGCCGCUGACAAAGGAGGUUCAAGUUCAGUACUUGCUAAGAAGGUUGGAUUAAGCUUUGCAAUGCCUGCUCAUGGCGGUAAAGCGCACAUCCUCUGAUUGCUUUGAUGUUCGUUUUCGUUCUCUGUAAUUAUAGUUGCCUCAUGAAUGAGGGCAUCAUGCAACGUAGGAAAUCAGCCACCACAUUUGCCACUUGUUUGGAGACGUGCAUCGAAGAACCUGGCCACUGCAUUAAAUGUGAAGCAAGUUUUCCAAUUUUGGUUGUAUCUUGUGCUCAGAAACUUCACAUGAAGCUUGAAUAAUUCACUGUGUUAUAAAUUUAGUGAUCCGAAA